AUGCCCGUGCCAGACUUUUUAUGCGAACCGCUUACGUUGUACGAGAUUGCGGAACAGUAUUGGGAUUUAAAAGCCUAUCCGACGCAAUACGUCUUCUCUCUUCUUGCGUCGGUGUCGCAGGAUAAGUUGGAAAAGGACAAAUGUACAGAGCUCAGCUCGGCAGCGGGACAAGAGGAUUGGUUGAAUUACAGUAGACGACCGCGUCGGACGAUUUUAGAGGUGUUGCACGAUUUCCACAAGUCCGCCUCGCGGCUGACAAUCGAGGUCGCGUUCGAGCUGUUCUCCACGAUAAAGCCGCGCUCGUUCUCCGUCGCGAGUGGGCCCACGCGGUGCGGGGGCUCCGCCCUGCAGCUGCUGGUGGCCGUCGUGGAGUACCGCACAUUGCUGAAGGAGCCCCGCCGCGGGCUGGCCUCCAACUGGCUGGCGAGCUUGGCCGCGGGGGACACAGUCUACGGCUGGAUAAAAGGCGGCACCUUCCGGUUUCCCGACGACAAGAACAUUCCUCUCAUCAUGAUUGGCCCCGGAACAGGUUUGGCGCCAUUCCGUAGUCUCCUUCAAGAGAGAAUUGCACAAAAUAUGGCCUCGAAGGAAACUUGUCAUUUAUUCUUCGGUUGCCGUUACAAAGAUAAGGAUUUCCACUGCGGGGAAGAAUUAGAGAAGAUGGUGGAAGAAGGAAACUUAACGCUGUAUUGUGCCUUCUCUCGAGACCAGGAGAGAAAAAUAUACGUGCAGCACAAAAUAUCCGAACACGCACGAGCGCUGUGGGGGCUGAUAAUACAAGAUGGCGGCCACGUGUACAUAUCGGGCAGCGCGAAGAACAUGCCGGACAACGUGCGCGGCGCUUUCGAGGACGUGUUCGUAGAGGUCGGCGGUUCGAGUCCCGACGGGGCCAAAGAGGAGCUCCGACAAAUGGAGCGCACGGGUAGACUACAAGUGGAGACUUGG